UGUGCGCAUGCGCACAACCCCAUCCGCCAGCCAGCGGAGCGGCGUCUGCUUUUACUUAGCAUCGGGGUAGGCUAGCUCGCCUCCCCCCCGUACAAAAUGCUCUCUCUCCGCGCUCGGGGACGAGGAGAGCGGGGCGGCCGCCGAGCGGAGGGCUUGACAGCGCCGCGUUGUUGACGUACUCGCCCUCAAACUGGAGUUAUUAUGCUCUCGCGAAAGAAGAGUAAAAGCGAGUCGUCGAAGCCGGCCGAGGUCCACGGAAAGUAUGUGAAGAAGGAGACGUCGCCGCUCCUGCGAAAUCUUAUGCCCUCGUUCAUCCGUCAUGGCCCCACCAUCCCCCGCCGCGCCGACGUGCCAAUCCCCGACAUGGCGCCUACCGCCUACCCGGCGGCCCCCGGCCGGGAGCCGACGGUGGCCCGCAGCAAGAGCUUCCUGCGCGCCGGCUUGCCGCUUCCGCCGCACGAGGCGGCCCGUCGCGAGAGCCAUCGCCUGUCUGCGCCGCCGUACCUGCCGCGCAGCCUGGGCGAGCUGCCGCACGAGUACGCCGGCUCGCUGCAGUCCUUCAUGACGGACGGGGGCCCCGUGUCGGAGAACGGGGACGCCGGGAGGUACUACUACCACCCCCAGGAGGCUUCCUACUACGACGGGCGGCAGCCCCGGAGGAUGACGACCGAACGCUUCCCGGACGACUACCGCUACUACGAGCACGGAGAACACAAUUUCCAAAGACUGCAGAGGCAACACACGCCCCCCACGCCCAACAGACCCCCCUCAGGCAUAGGUCGAAUCCAGGCCAAGUCGCUGGGGAACCUCUCCAGCCUGACCGCGGAGGACAUGCCCCUCCCCACCGGCUGGACCGUGGACUGGACCAUCCGUGGCAGGAAGUACUACAUCGACCACAACACCAACACCACGCACUGGAGCCACCCGCUGGAGCGCGAGGGGCUCCCGCCGGGCUGGGAGAAAGUGGAGUCGGCCGAGUUUGGCGUCUAUUACGUGGACCACAUCAACAAGAGGGCGCAGUAUCGGCACCCUUGCGCUCCCAGCGUGCCCCGCUACGACCAGCCGCCGCCUCUGCCGCCGCCGCCUAUUGCCUAUCAGCCGCAGCCCGCCGAGAGGAACCAGGCGGUCCUGGUGCCGGCCAACCCGUACCACACCGCCGAGAUCCCCGAUUGGCUGCAGGUUUACGCCCGUGCCCCCCUCAAGUACGACCACAUCCUGAAGUGGGAGCUCUUCCAGCUGGCCGACCUGGACACGUACCAGGGCAUGCUGAAGCUGCUCUUCAAGAAGGAGCUGGAGCACAUCGUCAAGUCGUACGAGGCGUACCGCCAGGCGCUGCUCUCCGAGGUGGAGGCGCGCAAACAGCGCCAGCAGUGGUACGCCCAGCAGCCCCCCGCCAACAGCUUCAUGUGACCAAAAUGCGCCGUCUUGUGCCUUUUUUUUUUGCUAUUUUUCAUCAAAAUAUAGAAAUAUAUAUAUAUUUAAAAAAAAAAACAACAACAACAACAAGAAGUUUUGGACUAACUGAUGAAGAAGCUACGAUGCGGCAAGACUGGAGAAACAAAGUUGUGCCUUUUUUUAACGACGAACCAAAACGUAGCAUUUCUUUGCAACGGCGACGCGGAGGAAGACGGACGGACGGACGGGCGGGCGGGAUGUUUCUUCGGAUUCUUGGCCCGUUUCAAACAUUUUGUAAAGACAAUCCACCAGAACGCGGGCGAUUAUAUUUAAGUGUCGAUAAGGAACGCAUCUUUAUUUAAUUAAAGAUAAGUACAGUAUCACCUCGGAAAGAUAAUAAGCUACUGGAACUUUUGGAAACACUUUCAUGUAAGACUUUAAAAAAGAAGUUAUUUUUUUGUCUUUUAUCAAGACUAUAUUACCUUUUUUUUUUUUUUUUUUUUUUUUCAUUUUUAGUAUUUUUACAAUAUUCCGAAAUGACUCAAAGCCAUAUGUUGCUGGUUGAACAGGACGCUUUGGUACCAGCAGGAAAUUUUGAAAUAUCAUAUUUUAAUAUAUUAUUAUAUCUAAAAAAAAAUGUGUAUGCUGGUUCCGCCCAUUUUUGUGGGGAUUUAGUAGGAUUUUGUACGAAAAGUAAACAAGCCGGAAGUAGUAGUCAGUGGAAAAGUAGUUUAAAAAAAUUUGAAUAUAAUGAAACUUUAUUUCAGCAGUUCAGUUCAAAAAAGGGAAACUCAAUGCUUCACUACACACAGGGUGAAAUAAUUAUAUUUAUUUUCAUAAUUUUGGUGAUUAUUGCUCACAAAAAAAAAAAUCACUAUCUAAUUAGAAUAUGACACGAAACCGUACAAAUUAUUUUUAAAAUAGAAAUUAAAUAAGAAGUGUACCAGUCAUCCUCAUCUGUAUAUCGUAAUUCCCGGCCUACAAGCUGCAACUUUUUUUCACAGCCGCUGCGCUAGUUAGCGUUAGCGCCGCUGUGUUGGCGUUAGCACUACCGCGUUAGCACCGCCGCGCUAGUGUUGAACUCUUUCUAUGUACCGAGGCUUAUCACCAGGUGCGCUCUAUAGGCCGGAAAUUACGGUAAUUGAGUUUCUACUUUUUGACUCAAACUACCGAAAUUAUUUAACAUUUCUAUCCUAUUCUGAUUUAUUGAGAGCUGCAGCAGGUGCAUCGGAUUCAUCAUGAAUCCAACAUGUUUUCGCUCGUAACGUGAAAUCAGGCCAAAAAUCAAAUCUUUUACUUUGGUUUUGGUAAAGUCUCGUCGAUUUCGGUGCGAAAAGACGAUUAACGGCUUGAACGGACCUUGGGAUUGGAUCGUGAUCGUUUUGCAUUGUGGUGACCAAGCUGGGUCACCGCUCGCGAUAGCAAGGCUCAAGUUUUCGUACAGUUUCCUACUACAUCCUCUAGUGAACGCAUUUGCAGUUUGUGCAGUUUGAGAGGAUGUUUACGGCUCGGAACGCUUUUCCAUUUUGGGCGUUUUUUUGCCACAACCUACGCUACAAAAACAACAAGGCGGAGCCUAAAAGGAGUCGAAAUGCAGGUUUUGUACAACCUGGUGUAAUAAAAACCUCAAGUCUG